AUGUCUCUCACCAACGAGGAUUGGGAAGAGAUCCGCCAGGACAUCCCCGAGGUCUCAGACCCUUUCAUCGCACAGUACAUCAACGGCCGUGAGGCCCUCGUCGCCCAGGAGCAGAAGUCCCGCGCCGAUGCAUCCUUUCGUGCUGCGGCUUCGCCGAUUGCCCGUCGCGCGGCCGACAUUGUUUCCCGCAUCCGUCUUGAAGAGAAGCGGACGAUAUGGAACGCACAGGCCGAAGAGGACCUCGCAACAAGUGAGGGCCUUGCGCCUUUCCCCGGAAUGAUGUUCACGCUCGCCAAGCAACGCCUUGAGACGACCCGUCUGUGGCGUAUUGUCCAGAAAAUGCCCAAGGGUUCGCUUCUCCACGCCCACUUGGACGCCAUGGUUGACUUUGAUUUCCUGUUCGAUGUUCUGUUGAACACCCCCGGCAUGCAUUUCGCGGCGGACGCGCCGCUGUCGAACGAGACAUCAAAGUCCAAAUCUGGAGUUCAUUUCAGAUUCAGGAAGGCUGAGGACAGCAAGAACUCACCGUGGGAGGAGGACUACGUUCCCGGAGAGUUCCGGCUGUUGACCAAGGCGGCGGAUGAGUACCCCGAUGGCGGCAGGCCGGGAUUCCUCAAAUGGCUGAAGUCCAGAUGCACCAUCACGUUGACGGACAGCAUGGAGCAGCAUCACGGCAUCGACGCCGUAUGGCGCAAAUUUGCCUCGUGCUUUAUGGUCACUAACACUAUUAUCCACUACGAGCCCAUCUUCCGCGCUUUCCUCAAGAGACUCAUGGCAUCGCUGUUGGCGGACGGCAUCUACUGGAUUGAGCUCAGAUUCACAUGGCCCCUUAACUACUGCCGUGACGGCCAAGAAGAGCCAGAGAAGGACUACAACCACAUGUUCCAAGUGAUGGAGGAGGAGCUCGCGCUCUUCAAGUCCGAUCCCGCAAACGCCGCCUUCUGGGGCUUCCGCACCAUCUGGACCACCAUCCGCCACCUGCCCACGCGCGAUAUCAUUGAGAGCAUGGACAACUGCAUCACGACCAAGAUGUCCUGGCCGCACCUCAUCGCCGGCUACGAUCUUGUCGGCCAGGAGGACCUGGGUCGCCCGCUUCGCGACCUCCUCCCGGAGCUCUUCUGGUUCCGCAAGCAGUGCGCGCAGGAGGGCGUCAACCUGCCAUUCUUUUUCCACGCCGGCGAGACCCUCGGCGACGGCGACGAGACGGACCAGAAUCUCUUCGACGCCGUUCUCCUGGGCACGCGACGCAUCGGUCACGGUUUCUCCCUGUAUAAGCACCCGCUCCUCAUCGACAUGAUCAAGGAAAAGCGCAUCCUCAUCGAGUCGUGCCCCAUCAGCAACGAGGUCCUCCGCCUCUGCGGCUCCAUCAUGUCGCACCCGCUCCCCGCGCUGCUGUCCCGCGGCGUUCCCUGCGCCCUCUGCAACGACGACCCAGCCAUGUUGGGCCAGGACACGGCGGGCAUGUCGCACGACUACUGGCAGGCGCUGCAGGGGUGGGAGAACGUCGGGCUGCUGGGCUUGGGUUCCAUGGCCGAGAACAGCGUGCGGUGGUCCGCGUUCGAGGACGAGACGCCCGCGGAGUGGACCGCGGGCAUCAAGGAGGCGAGCCUCGGGUCGGGUGUCAAGGCGGACCGGCUCAAGCAGUGGGCGACCGAGUGGGAAAAGUUCUGUCUCUGGGUCGUGGAGGAGUUCGGCGAAGAGUCAGAGAAGGCGUAA